AGCAGCAUUAAGAAGAUGCCUUGCCCGUUCCUGACCCGUCUCAGCACGAACUACGUGCGCAAUUAUGCUCCGGCCCUGCUCAAGACGUACGGUGCCCAGUGUCCGGUGGUGCAGCGUACCAUCUCGUCGCUGCAGGGUUCCCAGGCCGGUGCCGGUGGUGCUGUCGGUACUGGAGCAUCCGCUGGAACGCAAGAGGCUGUUAGCAAGAAGGAAACCUCGGCCGAGGCACGGCGCAAUUUAAGCUCGCUGCAGCAACCCAAACCACUGCAGCCGGAACCGGUGGCCAACAAGCAGGUCGGUACGAAAAAGUGUCCCUUCUUGAGUACGGCAUCCCCGCAUGUUAAGGAGCUCGGUGCGGAAAGUGUGGAGGUACCGACGGAGCGCACGUUCCAGUAUGAGGACUUCUUUCACGAGCAGAUCCUGCGCAAGAAGCAGGACCAUUCGUACCGCGUGUUCAAGAAGGUGAACCGUUUGGCGGCCGACGGGCAGUUCCCGCGUGCCCUCGAGUACUCCUGGGGCGAACGACCGAUUACGGUGUGGUGCUCGAACGACUACCUGGGCAUGUCGUGCCACCCGGAAGUGAAACGGGCCGUCGCGGAUGCACUUGAAACGUACGGUACGGGUGCGGGCGGUACCCGUAACAUCUCGGGUAACUCGAUGAACCACGAGAAUCUGGAGCGUCGUUUGGCCGCGUUGCAUCAGAAGGAGAGUGCGCUACUGUUCACCUCGUGCUUUGUCGCGAACGAUUCGACGCUGUUCACGCUGGCGAAGGCACUGCCCGGUUGUCACAUCUUCUCCGACGCCGGGAACCACGCCUCGAUGAUACAAGGCAUCCGGAAUAGUGGAGUGCCGAAGCACAUCUUCCGGCAUAACGAUCCGGCGCAUCUGCGCGAAAUGUUGCAGCGCGUCGACCGGUCGCUGCCGAAAAUUGUCGCCUUCGAAACGGUCCAUUCGAUGACGGGAGCCGUCUGUCCACUGGAGGAGCUGUGCGAAAUUGCGCACGAGUAUGGUGCGCUCACGUUCGUGGACGAGGUGCAUGCGGUCGGCUUGUACGGUGAGCACGGUGCCGGGAUAGGAGAGCGCGAGGGUCAGCUGCACAACAUGGACAUUAUUUCCGGCACGCUCGGAAAGGCGUUCGGUAAUGUGGGUGGAUACAUUGCCGGAACGUCGCUGCUGGUGGACAUGAUCCGGUCGUACGCGGCUGGGUUCAUUUUUACCACCUCGUUACCGCCCACCGUGCUGUGCGGUGCACUGAAGGCGGUGGACAUUCUUGCGUCGGAGGAGGGCCGUCAGCUGCGCGCCCGUCACCAGGAGAACGUUCGCUAUCUGCGGACACGGCUGCAGGAGGAAGGAUUCCCGGUGGAGCAUACGCCCAGUCAUAUCAUCCCGGUGAAGAUUGGCAAUCCGCGCCAGUGUACGGAGGUGUCGGAUCAGAUGAUCCAACGCUUCGGACAUUAUGUGCAGGCCAUCAAUUAUCCGACGGUGGCGCGUGGUGAGGAGAAGCUUCGGCUGGCUCCGACGCCUCACCAUACGCCCGCCAUGAUGGACGAGAUGGUGCGCGACAUGAAGGUGGUCUGGCAGGAUCUCAAGAUGCCGCUGGGCGGCAAACAUUGCCCGGAAGAGUGUACCUUCUGCCGGAAGCCAUUGCUGUUCGAUCGUUUCGAGGCACGCACCAGCGCUACGGCGGCUAACUGCGCUCGAGAGCUAAACUGUCAGAUACCGAACUGCCCACAGAUUGCUGCCGUCGCCAACUAG